CCGUGGGCCUCGUUCCAGUCCGCCAACCAGCAGCCACAGCGGGUCUGGGGGCGGGAGGCCAGAGCAGCUGUCAGGCCAAAGUCCAGAGAGCUACGCGCGGAGGGGCGGCUGGAGGAAGCGGGGCGCCGGGCCGGGCCCUGGAGAUGGUCCCCGGCGCCGCGGGCUGGUGUUGUCUCAUGCUCUGGCUCCCCGCGUGCGUCGCGGCCCACGGCUUACGCAUCCAUGAUUACUUGUAUUUUCAAGUGCUGAGUCCUGGGGACAUUCGAUACAUCUUCACAGCCACACCUGCCAAGGACUUUGGUGGCAUCUUUCACACAAGGUAUGAGCAGAUUCACCUCGUCCCUGCUGAACCUUCAGAGGCCUGCGGGGAGCUCAGCAACGGUUUCUUCAUCCAGGACCAGAUCGCCCUGGUGGAGAGGGGGGGCUGUUCCUUCCUCUCCAAGACCCGGGUGGUGCAGGAGCAUGGCGGGCGGGCAGUGAUCAUCUCUGACAACGCGGUUGACAAUGACAGUUUCUACGUGGAGAUGAUCCAGGACAGUACCCAGCGCACAGCUGAUAUCCCUGCCCUCUUCCUGCUCGGCCGAGAUGGCUACAUGAUCCGCCGCUCCCUGGAACAGCAUGGGCUGCCAUGGGCCAUCAUUUCCAUCCCAGUCAAUGUCACCAGCAUUCCCACCUUUGAGCUGCUGCAACCGCCCUGGACCUUCUGGUAGAAGAGUUGGUCCUACCUUCCAGCCAUAAGCAACUCUGGGCUGGGAAGGGGAAGUCUAAGAAUUCUGCUGUUUGGGAUCUGGGGACUGGUGGAGCCAGGUAGAGGGCAAGGGCUUGGGCCCUGGCUAAGCUAGGAGAAGCCACGCCACAGGCCUUUCCCUUCCCAGGGCUCCCUAAGGUGUCUCAUGCUGAGAAGAGGCAAGAGCCAGACCCCAGGGCUUGUGAGCUAGGGUCUGGAACAAAAGGAGCCAAUGGCAGGUACUCUGAGAGCCAUCUGAGACCUGUCACAUUCCCCCUGGCUCCAGCCUCCCCACCCAAGGUCUUUCACAGCAGUCGCUGGAAUGUAUGAAGGAGCUGGUGUUUGAGGACUUAAUAAACCCUCACUGACUUUUUAGCAAUAA